GAAGUGCGGCGGCCGCAGUGGAGCCACGUGUGGAGCCGGGAGCCGGCCUCUGUAUGCUGCGUCCCUGACACUUGGCAAACAUUAACACCAUGAGUUUCGUGGCAUACGAGGAGCUGAUCAAGGAAGGCGACACAGCCAUCCUGUCACUGGGCCACGGCUCGAUGGUGGCAGUGCGUGUGCAGCGUGGAGCCCAGACCCAGACCCGACAUGGCGUCCUGAGGCACUCCGUGGACCUCAUUGGCCGCCCAUUUGGCUCCAAGGUGAUUUGCAGCAGAGGCGGCUGGGUGUAUGUGCUGCACCCUACGCCUGAGCUCUGGACAGUGAACCUGCCCCACCGCACGCAGAUCCUCUACUCCACCGACAUUGCCUUAAUCACCAUGAUGCUGGAGCUGCGGCCCGGUUCUGUGGUCUGUGAAUCAGGCACAGGCAGUGGCUCUGUAUCCCACGCAAUCAUCCGCAGCAUCGCCCCCACUGGCCACCUACACACAGUAGAGUUCCACCAGCAGCGGGCAGACAAGGCCCGGGAGGAAUUCCAGGAGCAUCGGGUGAGCCAGUGGGUGACUGUGCACACCCAGGAUGUAUGCCGCAGUGGCUUCGGAGUGGUCCACGUGGCUGACGCCGUCUUCUUGGAUAUCCCAUCACCCUGGGAAGCUGUGGGCCAUGCCUGGGAUGCCCUCAAGGUUGAAGGUGGGCGCUUCUGCUCCUUCUCUCCGUGCAUUGAGCAGGUGCAGCGCACAUGCCAAGCGCUGGCAGCCCAUGGCUUCACAGAGCUCAGCACCCUGGAGGUACUACCACAGGUCUACAAUGUGCGCACUGUCAGCCUGCCCUUGCCUGACCUGGGGACCAACAACUUAGAGGUCACUGUGGGCUCUGAUGCCAGCCCCUUCCGUAGUGGCACACCCAUGAAGGAGACCGUGGGCCACACUGGCUACCUGACUUUUGCCACCAAGACCCCAGGCUAGCAGGCCUCCAAAUGAGCAGCACAGGCAAGCAGGGAGGCCAGAGACUGCCUUAUAUGGUCAGCCACUGCCCUUGUAACUUGUUUAGGAAGAGAUGGGGGCGGGGCUGGGGCCUCCUGGGUGGCUGAGGGGACUAGUAGGCUGGCCCUGCUCAGUCGGGAGGCAUUGCUGUCUUCUGAGGGGGAAGUCUCCGCUUCAUCACAGUGCAAGCUCAGUCCUGGCUCUUUGUUGUCAACAUAGAGUUUCCUCUCCAUAGGCUUUCCUGGGUUUUGAGACUAAAUGGUAUAAGUUGAGGACGGCGGAAGCGUUGGGCACUGCCUGUGGCCUGGGCUGACCUAUGGGAGUGUAGACUGUCCCAUCCCUGGUGCAAGGCUCCAGCCCCUGGUGCUCCAGAGCUUAGCCAGAAGCUGUGGUUGAGCUAAGUUAACCUGAAAGCCUGGCCCAGAGCUUAGCCAGAAGCUGUGGUUGAGCUAAGUUAACCUGAAAGCCUGGCCCUGCCGUCCUCUCCCUGUACUUCCCUGAGGCUGAUGGAGGGACCAGGCUGGCCCAGGAACAAAGGAGGUGAUAAUAAUAAUUGUGUGCUGCACAGCCCAUGUGUGUGAGCAUGCCCGUGUGUGUGAGCACGCCGGUGGGGAGUUCCUGGUGUGCUGUCAUCUGGGGUUAGGCAUGAUCCUGAGGGAUGGAAUGUAGCAGGAUAGGUCCCUGCUUCAGUGACCUUCCAGCCCUCGUUGGAGCUGGGGUCAAAGAGCAGGUCAUAGAGGAGGCUGUGCACGGCAUGGGCUACGAGCCUGGCUGUGGACUUGCCGCAUGUGUCACCUUGGGCUGGUGUCCAUUCCUGGUGUGUGGCUUCAAGGGGUUUCAGUGCUCAGAUCAUCUUGGUGUGAGGCUGCCAGUCAGCUCUGCUGCUGUGAGGAGCCAGCCAUUGGGAGACUCACCAGUGUCCUACUGUAAAGACACACUGCCAGCUGUCAUACCCGAGGGCACCUAAAGGAUAAUAAAUGUUUUCCCCACUGAGCUUAGUCUCCUGUUCCCAGGACUGUCCUUCAGUGGUGCCCCACACGUGCCUUCCUGACCUCUGCCCUAUGCUCUCUGCCUCAGUAGGACUAUGGAGUUUCUGAGCUCCAGGACAGCACCACAGGGCUCUUCACGAAUGCGUGUCCUGGGCUCUUUCCCACAGUCCUAUGAGGACCCAACUCGGUGUUCCUGGGCUUACCCUCCGCCCAGGACUUGCUCUCAGCUAACAUAAUGCCUAGCCUAAAGGACUGCGGUGAGGGCCCCACGCGUGUUCAGCGGAGAGUGGGUGCCU